CGGCUUUUUGUAUGUGGAAAAAGAUGGUCAGACUCAGAGCACUUAUAUGCUGUAUCUUUGUAUCUUGGUUUUCAUUAUCUUUAGCUGAAUAUGUUGAAGUCAGCGUUGAAGGGGUUACUUCAAUAGCCAGCACGGAUGAUAAUUUCAUAUGUGCAACUCUGGACUGGUGGCCAACUAACAAAUGUGACUACAAUCAGUGUCCAUGGGGAAAGGCUGGCAUCUUCAAUCUGGAUUUGGAUAACAAGAUCUUGAACAAUGCUAUCAAGGCUUUCAAUCCAAUGAGAAUCAGAGUUGGAGGCUCAUUGCAAGAUCAGGUGAAUUAUGGUGUUGGAUAUGGAGUUAAAUCAUGUGAAGGUUUCAAAAAACAAGAGUCUGGUUUGUUCGGGUUCAGUGAUGCUUGCCUUGACCAGAAAAGAUGGGAUGAGCUCAAUGACUUCUUUAACAAUACAAAAGCUAAAAUCACAUUUGGGUUGAAUGCCCUCCAAGGGAAGCAAGUGUCUCCCAAAGACAAAAGUCUCCGGAUUGGUGACUGGGACCCGCAAAACUCUCGGGAUCUCAUGGAGUACACUAUUGCAAAGGGUUACCAGAUUGAUUCAUAUGAGCUUGGAAAUGAGCUAGCCGGGAGUGGGGUUGCUGCAAGGAUAGAAAGUGAUCAAUAUGCAAAAGACAUCAAAAAGCUCAAAGAAGUUGUGACAGAAUUGUACCCAGAUGCCUCUAAACGACCAAAGAUUAUAGGCCCAGCUAGCUUUUAUGACAAAAAAUGGUAUGAAAACUUCCUGCAAGCUACAGGACCCGGUGUCGUAGACGUGGUAACCCAUCACCUCUACAAUCUUGGUGCAGGUGUUGAUCCCGCCCUUAUCGACAGGGUUCAAGACCCAUUUUUCCUUUCAGAGAUAGCUGAGACAUUUUAUGAUCUGUCAAAUACAGUCAAGGAGUUUGGGCCAUGGUCAGAAGCUUGGGUUGGGGAAGCAGGUGGAGCUUAUAACAGUGGUGGCAAAGAUGUGUCACACACCUUUGUUAAUGGCUUCUGGUACUUGGACCAACUUGGCAUGACAUCAACCUACAACCAUAAGGUUUACUGCAGACAAGCCUUGAUUGGAGGGAACUAUGCUCUUCUUAAUACCACAACAUUCAUCCCUAAUCCAGACUAUUAUGGUGCUCUUUUGUGGCAUCGACUAAUGGGAAAUAGGGUGCUCUCCACCACGCACCUUGGCUCCCCUUAUUUGCGUGCAUAUUCCCAUUGCUCAAAGAAUCAGAAGGGUAUCACUCUAGUUUUGAUCAACAUGUCCAACACGACCACCUUCGACGUUGCUGUCCACCCCGACUACAAUUUGUAUCUGGGGCCAAUACGGGUGAGAAAGCAUGGUCGUAUAGUUGGACGAGAAAGAGAAGAGUAUCAUUUGACACCAGAAGGUGGCAAUAUUCAAAGUGAUGUGCUGCUGCUCAAUGGAAAUCCUUUGAAGCUCACAAAUUCAUCAGACAUUCCUAAAAUGGAACCAAAACUUGUGGAUCCUACCUCUGCCAUCAGUGUUGCAGCUGAUUCAAUUGUCUUUGUAUCUAUUAAAGACUUCCAUGCCCCUGCUUGCGCUUAGCAUAAACUUUUUGUUAUAUAAUUCAUUAGCUGCCUUUUUUUUUGGGUUCUUAGAAUAAAAUGUCUUUAGUUUUGGUAGGGUUGUAAUCUAAGUACUCUGCCGAAAUAGAAGAUUAGCAUUGUUAUCUGUGAUGUUGUGAUCACA